AUGCCCCAUAAGAACAGGAGCGGGCGUGAGCUCCGCCUUGGCGCGAUGCUCUUUGGGAGUUGUAGUUUUCACGCGUCCAGCACCGGCGGGGCCCCAGAGCCGGGUGGCGGAAAGCAGUCACGUGAUCGGAAAGGCUGCCGUUUGCCUUUGUGCCGGAACAGGUUGACUGGGUCGCCCGAGCCCAGGGCCUCGGGACGGACCAAUCGACUGCCUUAG